AUGGUGGAACAGAUGGCAUUUCUCCUCUUUGGAGAUCAGUCACUGGACACACAUGGCUUCCUAGCCAAUUUCUUCAGACAAGGGAACCCGAGUGUUCUCUCGAAGGAAUUCCUCAAGAACGCUGGUGAUGCUCUCAAAGACGAGAUAAACCAGCUGCCACGGGUGGAACGAGACAAGAUCCCGAUAUUCCGAACAUUACCCCAGCUCAACGAGAGUUAUCACCACCAAAUCACCAAAUGCCCUGGCGUCGAUAGCGCCCUGCUCUGCAUCGCACAAAUAGCACACUACCUUGAUUGGUCCGAGAAGGAAUACGAAGAUGUGACCGAUUCCGAGAAUACGAAGCUCUCCGGCCUAUGCACCGGCCUGUUCGCCGCAAGCGCGAUCGCUUCGAGCCCUUCCCUAUCCUCUCUCCCGCCAUUAGCAGUGCAGGCUGUCUUGAUGGCAUUCAGAACUGGCUCUUUCGUGGCCUCAGUAGCAGAAAGUCUAAGCUCUCGGACGGAAAAGUCGGAGAGCUGGACAUAUGUUGUGCCGUCAGUCAAGGAAGCUCAUGCGAAGUCCAUACUUGAGGAUUUCCACAAGUCAGAGGGAAUUUCUCAGGCUACACAGGCAUACAUCAGUGCUGUGUCCGCGAGUAACAUUGCGAUAUCUGGCCCGCCAGCGACGUUGAAGUCUCUGUUCAGCAAGGAUCUGUUCGAUUCGAGACCAACGGCCAUCCCCGUGUAUGGUCCCUACCAUGCUGCACAUUUGCAUGGGCCGUGUGACAUCGAGCAUAUGCUACGAAUCAACGAUGAGUCUGUCACCGCUGUGCUUGCUGGCUCAAGACCGCGAAGCGGUGUCAUGUCAUGCGUCACAGGGACCGCCUUCUCCGAGACGGACACCAAGGCUUUGUUCACAGCCGUCGUUCAUGAAAUAUUGAAUGAGCCACUCAUGUUUCACAAGGCUCUCAAUGGCAGCCUGAACGAGGCUCGUCAAUUCCCGGGAUCCCGCGUUCUGGUGAUCCCUUGCGGCCCGACCCAGGCUGCAAGCACGCUGGCUAAUCUGCUGAAGUCGGAGACCAAGCUAGAGGUCGUACUUCGAUCACCCCCCCAGGUGUCUCGAGAGAACAUGGUUUUCUCCAUCGGAAACCAUGGGUCUACCGGGAAGUGCAAGUUGGCCAUCGUGGGAAUGGCUGGCCGCUUCCCGGACUCUGCCAGUCACGAGGAACUUUGGCAGCUGUUGGAGAAGGGCAUCGACGCCCACCGGAUGGUACCAGCUGAUCGAUUCCCGGUCGAGACCCAUUACGAUCCUGCUGGCAAGGCCAUCAACACCAGUCACACGCCAAACGGCAACUGGAUCAAGAAUCCAGGGCACUUCGACCCGAGAUUCUUCAACAUGUCUCCUCGGGAGGCAUUCCAGACAGAUCCCAUGCAACGCAUGGCUUUGACCACCGCAUACGAGGCGCUUGAGAUGUCUGGUUAUGUUCCAAACCGGACACCAUCCACAAGGUUGGACCGUAUUGGUACUUUCUACGGGCAGACUUCUGAUGACUGGCGCGAGAUCAACGCCGCCCAAGAGGUCGACACCUACUUUAUCACAGGUGGUGUGCGUGCGUUCGGUCCAGGCCGAAUCAACUACCAUUUCGGUUUCAGUGGUCCUAGUCUAAACAUCGACACAGCGUGCUCGUCCAGUGCAGCGGCUCUCCAGGUGGCAUGCUCGUCUUUGAGGGCCAACGAGUGUGACACGGCCAUUGUCGGUGGUUUGUCCUGCAUGACCAACUCGGACAUUUUCUCGGGCCUUAGCCGUGGCCAGUUCCUGUCCAAGCACAACAACUGCAACACUUUCGAUAAUGAAGCUGAUGGCUACUGCCGAGCUGAUGCUUGUGCAUCUGUUGUCGUGAAGCGUCUUGAGGAUGCUCUGGCAGAUAAGGACAACAUUCUUGCUAUUGUACUUGACUCCCAGACCAACCACUCGGCUGAUGCCAUCUCCAUCACGCACCCUCACGGACCCACCCAGUCCAUCCUGUCGCGCUCAAUCCUAAACGACUCUGGCGUCGACCCUCUCGAUGUGGAUUACGUCGAGAUGCACGGGACUGGCACCCAAGCUGGCGAUGGCACUGAGAUGAUAUCCGUCACAGAUGUAUUCGCUCCUGCCGACCGACACCGAGCAGCUGAUCGCCCGCUCUAUCUCGGAGCCGUGAAGUCCAAUGUGGGCCACGGAGAAGCGGCUUCAGGUGUGACGGCACUCAUCAAGGUCUUGAUGAUGCUGAAGAAGAACGCCAUCCCCCCUCACAUCGGCAUCAAAGGAGAGAUAAACAAGACAUUCCCCACGGACCUCGGUGAUCGCGGUGUCAAUAUUGCCUUCCACAAGACGCCUUUCACUCGCAAGGAUGGAAGGCCUCGUCGAGUAUUCGUCAACAACUUCAGCGCCGCUGGUGGCAACACUGGACUCCUGCUCGAAGACGGUCCGCGCUACAAGAAUGCGACUGUCGAUCCCCGUAGCCAGCAUGUCAUCACAGUCACGGCGAAGUCGAAGUCUGCCAUGAUCCGCAAUGCCGAGCAGCUGGUGGAGUGGAUGGAGCAGAACCCGUCUACUUCAGUCGCCCACGUUGCCUACACCACUACUGCUCGCAAGAUUCAGCACUACUGGCGGAUGAACAUCGUGGCUGGCAGCUUGGCUGAAGCCAAAGAAGCUAUCACUGAGAGACUAAAGUCCAACUUUGUACCUGUCUCUCCCGAGCAACCCAAAGUCGCUUUCAUGUUCACCGGCCAGGGUUCCCACUAUGCUGGCCUCGGCAGGGAGCUGUAUUCUCACUACGCGGUGUUCCGCCAAGCCAUUGACGAGUACGACCAGCUCGCUACCAUCCACGGCUUCCUGUCGUUCAGGCCUCUCAUCGACGGCAGUGAAACUGAGGUUCAGAAGUUAUCCCCUGUUGUUGUACAGCUUGGCCUGGCUUCCUUCGAGAUGGCGCUUGCUAAGCUAUGGAGCUCCUGGGGCAUCCUGCCUGGCGUCGUCCUUGGCCACAGCCUUGGCGAAUACGCCGCUCUUCACGUGGCUGGGGUCCUGUCUGCCAGUGACACCAUUUACCUUGUCGGUGCUCGAGCCCAAAUGCUUGUGGAGAAGUGCACUGCUGGCACCCAUGCCAUGCUGGCUGUCAAGGGGUCGGUUGAGAGCAUCACUGAGGCUCUCGGUGAUCGUGCACCGUCUACCGACAUUGCCUGCAUCAACGGUCCCUGCGAGACUGUUCUCAGCGGCAGCUCCACCGAGAUCGCUGAAAUCGCUGAGCAGCUGGGCGUGGCUGGCUUCAAGAGCACCCAGCUUAAGGUGCCAUUUGCCUUCCACUCUGCUCAGGUUGAGCCCAUCUUGGACGACUUCGAGCGCCUCGCCCGAUCCGUCAAUUUCGAGACGCCCAAGAUUCCUGUCAUUUCUCCUCUUCUUGGCAAGCUUGUAGAGGAUGAGCCCAUCAACCCUGCCUAUCUCCGCAACCAUGCCCGUGAGGCGGUCAACUUCUUGGGUGGUCUGGUCUCCGCUCAGCAGUCUGGUGUCAUUGAUGAGAAGACCGUUUGGCUGGAGGUUGGACCUCACCCGGUGUGUGCUGGUAUGGUGAAGGCCGCAUUCGGCAAUUCUACCAUUGCAACCCCCUCUCUGCGCCGUAACGAGGCUACGUACAAGACUCUCAGCAGCACCUUGUGCACCCUUCACUCGGCUGGUAUGAACCUCGAUUGGAACGAAUACCACCGCGACUUCGAUGCUUCAGUCCGGCUUUUGGAUUUGCCAACCUACUCGUUCGACUUGAAGAACUACUGGCUCCAGUACACUGGAGAUUGGUGUUUGACGAAGAACCGUGGUGCUCUUGCUGCGCCCCAGGCUAAAGCGAUUGAGGCACCCAAGCCCAAGCUGUCAACCACCACUGUUCAGAAGAUCACCAAGGAAGAAGUGAUCGGUGACAUCGUCACCAUUGAGACGGAGUCAGACUUGACCGAAGACAAGCUACGACUGGUCUGUUCGGGUCAUCUUGUCAACGGCACGGCUCUUACUCCAUCGUCUCUCUAUGGUGACAUGGCUAUGACCAUCUGCGAGUACGCCUACAAGUUGGUUCGGCCUCAUGCCGAGAACGUUGGCAUCAACGUUGCUCAUGUGGAGGUUCCGAAAACACUCAUCUUCGACACCAAAGCCAAGAGUCAGAUCCUGCGCAUGCAUGUCAAGGUCGAUGCUACCGAAAAGGUCGCCGUGGUUUCAUGGUCAACAGGUGAAGGUGCCAAGAAGACUGAGCAUGCCAACUGCAAGGUCUUUAUUGGCGACACGCGGGAAUGGCUGGGCGAGUUCGAGCGUGUCAGCUACCUCAUCAAGUCUCGCAUCGACGGACUCAAGGCUGCUGAACAGCGAGGUGACGCUUCCAAGAUUGGUCGCGGUCUUGCCUACAAGCUGUUUGGUGCCCUUGUCGACUAUGACCGCCGAUACAGAGGUAUGGAGUCUGUCAUUCUCGACAGCGAGACAUGCGAGGCAACGGCGAAGGUCGUCUUCCAAACCUCACCCGAGGAUGGCAACUUCCACACUGCGCCUUACUGGAUUGACUCCGUCUGUCACAUCUCCGGUUUCAUCCUUAACGGCUCCGAUGCGGUCGACUCUCGCGAGCAGGUCUUCAUCUCUCACGGUUGGGGCAAUAUGAGGUUCGCUGAACGCUUGGAUGCAUCCAAGACCUACCAGUCCUACAUUCGCAUGCAGAACGUCAAGGGCACCAAGAUGAUGUCCGGUGACGCCUACAUCUUCGACGGCGAGAGGCUCGUCGGUAUUGCCGGUGAUGUCCGCUUCCAGGCCAUCCCCCGCAAGGUCCUCAACAUCGUUUUGCCUCCCCAGGGCGCCGCUGCCGCCGCCGCCGCGCCUGCUCGAGCCGCGCCAGCUGCCAGGCCCGCUGUUGCUACCAAGGCUCCCGCCAAGGAGAAGCAGGUUACGGUGAAGAACCUUCCUGCUGUCAACAAGAAACUUGCCAAGCCCUCUGUUAUCAUCCAGGUGAUGAACAUCGUCGCCAAGGAAACUGGUGUCAGCCACGACGAGCUAGCUGACAACAUCGCUUUCUCUGAUCUUGGUGUCGAUUCCUUGAUGGGUCUUACCAUCAGCGGUCGCCUCCGCGAAGAGUUGGAACUGAGCAUUGAUUCUCACUCAUUCAACGAUCACUCCACCGUCGGUGCUUUCAAGAAGUUCCUUGUCCAGUUUGAGACAGCUACUGCUGUGGUCCAAGCCUCCAGCAACUCUAGCGGUACUUCCGACAGUGACGAGGAGGACAUGGAGUCUGAUGAUUCUGAUCUCACCACUCCUCCCGAUGAGAGCGAGAAAGGUUCAGUCAAGGGCGAAUUGGCAGCUCCCGCUGACAACGCUGGUGAGCUCCAGCAGAUUAUUCGCGAGACCAUCUGUGCCGAAAUGGGUGUCGAAGUCGAGGAAAUCGUCGCCGCCCCCGACUUGGCCGCCCUUGGCAUGGAUUCACUCAUGAGCUUGUCUAUCCUCGGUAUACUGCGUGAGAAGACGGGGCUCAACAUCCCCGGCGACCUUCUAGGCCACAACCCGUCUCUGAAGGACAUUGAGCGCACACUCGGUGUCGAGGAUAAGCCCAAGGUGAAAGCGACCUUGUCGAAGUCAUCCAAGACCACCAUCAAGACCGGCUCUGCCGUCGUUUCUGUUGAGAAGACUAAGUCGACUGUCGUUGAGAAGAGUGAGUCGGCUGUCGUUGAUCCCUACCCCCACCGCAAGGCCACUUCAGUGCUUCUUCAGGGCAACCACCGUACCGCCACCCGACAACUUUUCAUGAUUCCCGACGGGAGUGGGAGCGCCACCUCGUACACAGAAAUCGCGGAGCUAGGUCCCAACGUUGCUGUCUGGGGCAUGUUCUCUCCCUUCAUGAAGACCCCAGAGGAGUAUAAGUGUGGUGUCUAUGGUAUGGCUACGAAGUUCAUCCAAGAGAUGAAGCGCCGCCAGCCUGAGGGCCCAUACGCUGUCUCUGGCUGGUCUGCAGGAGGUGUUAUCGCCUACGAGAUCGUCAACCAGCUCACAAAGGCUGGCGAUGAGGUUUCCCACCUUCUCCUCAUCGAUGCGCCCUGCCCUAUCACCAUCGAGCCCCUCCCCUCUGGACUUCACGCCUGGUUCGCCUCGAUCGGCCUUCUCGGCGAGGGUGACUCUGCUGAGGCUAAGAAGAUUCCUUCAUGGCUGCUCCCUCACUUCGCCGCGUCCGUCACUGCGCUCUCCAACUACACUGCUGAGCCCAUCGCCAAGGAGAAGUGCCCCAAGGUGAUGGGCAUCUGGUGUGAGGAUGGUGUCUGCCACCAGCCUUCGGACCCUCGCCCGGACCCGUACCCCACCGGUCACGCUCUCUUCCUGCUCGAUAACCGCACCGACUUUGGUCCCAACCGCUGGGACGAGUACCUCGACAUCGACAAGAUGACCUUCCGCCACAUGCCUGGCAACCACUUCUCGAUGAUGCAUGGCGACCUUGCGAAGCAGCUUGGCGGCUUCAUGAAGGAAGGCAUCAACGCAUAG